AUGGCCAGCCAGAAUCAUCCACAAGAGUCAUCUACGCACUCGGCCACGCUAAUGGCAAGACUGAGAGGCUCGGCAAAGAAGAAGACGAGUGCGAUCCGGGCAAAGUUGUCAGGUUGUAUUCACUCUAGCGCUGACGGCGAGCCAUACGAACCAGCUUCAUCUAUUCACGAAUUCCUUUCAUCUACACCGCCCGUGAGACAACAUAUGCAUGAAGUGACGGCUGCCCAAAACUCAUACGGCGGAGCUUGGUCUCGAUGUCGCCCCCAGGAGCAACUCGACCUAAGAUCGAACCACAGCCAGGCAAAUAUCUCAGAGUUGUCGGCACGGCCAAGCGGGCAAUUUUCAAUGAGCACCGUGUCGGUUUCAUCAAGCACUGCUGCUCCAGGAUGGGAAAACCCUCCACCUGGCUUGACGUCCAAAGGUGAGCACGCAACCUUUAUCGCCUAUUCUCGCGAGUGUGGUGCUGCCAACCUCACCACCACCAUUGAGAGGCCCGAUGAAUUUAAGCGAUUUCCUGUCCAGCGCCACAACCAAACGGAGAGGCAGGCUAAUUCUACGUUAGCAGGCGAAGAAACCCUCGGACAGCUGGUGAGAAGCUCGCUCCAGCGGACAGAUGAUUCCAAGCAUAUCGCAGAAUUACCUGCAGCACACGAAUCAGUGUCGGGUACGAAUUCCACUCCUAUACGGGCAACCUCGACCGAGCCUAGUCGAUACCAGCCGUAUCCUGGACCAGGAAGCAAAAAGCCGGUGAGUUAUGUGAUUCCAUCCUUGCAAGCGGGUUACGUCCACGGCGUUCCACCGAACCUCCGAGCUGGCCACUCGAGACAUCGCAGCGACAUGACUAACGCACCCUCGUCUCAGAACCCGCAUGCGUCGGAGAGGAGGGCACGAGAGAAGUAUUCGUGGCCGUUGGUGGACUUUGAAGAAGAGAUGUUUUUGAAUGCCGAACCUGCACGAGCAGGUCGUCCUGAGCCUCGAUGCCGACUGCCCAAGCAUCAAGAACCUCGUAUCCCGGACCUGGACUUUUCAUCGGGAAGAUUGGAAGAUGAGGUCGCUGCAAUGCUAGGAGCAUUGGCUGUUGAUGACGGAGCGUCGCUAACAGGACCGCCCAUUACCCAAUCGGGAAGAAGAGAGGCUGUGCAUGAAAUGGAAGCUAUCGGGCCGAUCACGAACUUUGUUGGCAGUACGCAGGUUCACUCUCGUGGGGGCGACUGUCUCCCUGCGCAUCGAGUAGAGCUUGAAGGGACGAGGUACGUGACGAGCAUCUCGCCUGAACGACGACGAGCACAACAGCGGCAGCAACGACAACGUCGACAAAGUACCAUGAGUCCCGUUUCUCCCCUUUCCAGCGACGGCGGACGCGUGGCAUAUCACGAUUACAAUUGGCCUCGAUUUUCCGAGGUGCAACGAUACGAAGAUCCCGCAGGAGAACACAGUCGACGGUACCGAGAUCGAAGACGUGAGAUGCGCAGAGACCGAGCAGCAGAGCGAUAUCGAUAG